CACAGCACUUCCUCUUAUAUUAUGGAAGACAAGCUUCACUUCUCUCCACAAGCACAGGACUGGCGUCUCCCCAGGACAACUUUAGGACUCAGCAGGCUCCAGGGCCCGAGGAUGCCUGCCCCUGCCUCCCAGCCCUGCCCGCCUCUGAUUUCCUUGCUGCUGCCUCUGCUGCUGGGACUCACAGGAGCGGCAGGACAGGAGGAGGAGGAGCUGCGGGUGACUCAGCCUGACAAGUCAGUGUUGGUCAAAGCCGGGGAGUCGGUCACCCUGCGUUGCAGCCUGUCCUCUCGGCGCCCACCCGGGGACGUCAAGUGGUUCAAGGGGGCUGGGCCAGGCCGGGAAUUAAUCUACGAAUUCAAAGGAGGCCACUUCCCCCGAGUAAAAACUGUUACAGACCCCACAAAGGGAGGCAACAUGGACUUUUCCAUCCGCAUCAGUAACACGGCGACGUUUGAUGCCGGCACCUACUACUGUGUGAAGUUCCAGAAAGGGACCCCAGACACGGAGUACAAGUCUGGUCCCGGCACCCGGGUGACUGUGAACGCUAAGCCCUCUACUCCAAAGGUUUUCGGACCCCCCCACAGGGCCAGCCCAGGCCAGGUAGUGAACCUCACCCUCAUUCUGAAAUGGCUUGAAAAUGACCUGGAGCUUCCCGCCGUGCAGACCCGAGUCCUCCCGCCUGGGGAGGCCUCCUCCUACACCGUCAAGAGCACCACCCCGGUGACUCUUGCUCUGUCCUCACUCUACUCCCGAGUCACCUGCCAAGUGGCUCACAGUGAGCUGCAGAGCCCCCUCCGUGGGGAGGUGAACAUCUCUCAGUUCCUCCAAGUUGUGCCCACGGUGAGUGUAUCAGCACACCCCGUUCCAGGCCUGCCAGUGGCCAUCCUCGUCUGCCAUGUGCAAAGGUUUUAUCCUGAAGGCAUUAAUAUCAUCUGGCUGGAGAGGAACCAAAGCUCGGAGACCUGUGAGGCCCUUGCUUUCACCAAGAACCAAGACGGCACAUUCAGCCAAGAUUAUCACCUCCUGGUCAACACUCCAGAGCAGGAGGAUAAGAGGCAUUUUACCUGCCAAGUGCGGCACAGUGCCCAAGCACCAGUCCUGGCCAGCGUGCGGCUGAACGAGUUCAGAGAAGACAAGCAAGCAAGUUUGGGUGCCAGAACGUGGAGCUCCCUCUAUGGGAUCCUCCUCCUUGGCUGGAAGUUGUUUCCCCUGACUGUACUUUCCAUCGUCUAUGUUCUCAAGAGGAGCCUCUCUUCCAGAUCAAGAAACUAAGCACAAAGGCUUAAAUGAUUGCCCUAAGGUCACACAGCCAAGAUUUGAACCCAACAGAGUAGCUGAAGAAGUUCUGAAGCUGGAAGAGCCUGUGAUAACAGGAUGGGGGCUCCUAUAGAAGCUUAGGUCAGUUACAGAAAAUUAAGAUGCCACCAACAAAUUUUUGCACAAUCUGAAUGUGUUCAAACCUCCAAGAAAUGGACAUUUAGAGAGUUUCCCACAAUUAUACAACUAGGAAUCAGGACUAUGUUUUCCCUGCACUGCCAAAAAGAGGCUUCUGUGGGGCUCACUUUAUAACAAAUCCUUCUUAAGCAAACACUACUUCCUCUAUUUCCUACACAUUUGGAAAACGAUGGUUAAUAUGCUUAGCCUUUACAUUGUGCUGAGUCCUCACACAUUACAUCAUUUCAUUCUCACCACACCUUUCUGAGGGGG